GUAAGAAGGCAGUACCAGCCAGGAUACCACUGCUGGACGCAAUUAUGCGGCAAGACGAGAGGAAGUAAGACAAGAAGAUAUCCGACGUAAGCAGCAAGAAGAUCGAUGGAGGCGGGAGGAUUCGGCAGCCAGAGAACAGCUCGAGAAACAAAGGGCGGACGAAUUAGAGAAGUUGAGGAGAGAGAAUGACGAUCUGCUGCGUAUGGCGUCCGGGAAGACCAGCAGAGAGCUCGACUCCAUCAAAGCGGAUAACCAAGCCUUGGUCCACGACUUCUUAGUGCUGAAAGGAAAGAUUGAAAACCUUAAAAAAAACAACAAGCGGGGCUCGGAAGCUGUCACAGAAAAAAAUCCUCAUGUUGAACCGGCUAAAGGGAAAUCCCGACAGGCGGUUUGCGCACAGACUCCUGUUGAAUGGGCGAAGUUGACUGAAGUUUACCGUAAGAUACGAGAUGAGAAGGAUACGGUCGAACGGGAGGUCUCGGCAAUCAAAGAUAAAAUUAAAAGAAUCAAGAUUGCAACUCCAUCCAGCUUGAAGCAGAAGACGUCGCUUCGGAGAAAAAGCGGGAAGAUGGGUAUCAGUACGCCGCCACAGAACGACGAUGUUUUGAAGAUCACCUCUGUGCGAAAAGUCGGAGAGGAGCGCGACGGGUUCCACAAAAGAGUCUGUAACAACCUUGGAAAGCUCCUCAAGGUGCAGUUGGAGAUUUUAUGCGCAGAAGAAGAAAUCGACUACACAGGAGUGAAGAAGACUGCGAGUCAAUUGGCUGAUAUUUACACAGCCAGGGCGUUUGACCGUCCCACGAAUCGAAGGCUGGUGAGUGACGACGAGCAUGAUGGCCAUGCAGAAGACGAACCUGAUGAUGAAGCAUCCACCGAUGUUGCAGGCACCUCCAUGGAUACACCUGCUAAUUCGGAAACGUCGUAGGAUCGGCCCCGAGCACUGGUCGUAUUUUCUCUAUACUCUCUGACGUUCGUAAGUUAAGGACAUUUAAGGAUGGGUUGGGCCGGAAUAACCUUAAUCAACUCUUUCGAUGCUU